AGAGGCUUGAACUCUCGGCCUGCUUCGGGGAGAGGAUCCCGCCGCCCGAGCUGGUUAAGAAAAUUCUAAGAAACAUGUCAGUGAAUCAGCAAGAUCUAGAUCCAGAUAGUACUACAGAUGUUGAUGAUGUUAGAAGUUCUGAAGAAGAGCUUAUCCAAAAAUGUGAUAAAAUGUGGAAAGAUAUGGAAGAAUGUCAGAAUAAAUUAUCACUUAUUGGGACUGAGACACUCACUGAUUCAAAUGCUCAGUUAUCAUUAUCAAUUAUGCAAAUGAAAUGCUUAACAGCUGAACUCAGUCAGUGGCAGAACGAAACCCCUGAAACAAUUCCACUGAGCGAAGAUACUCUGUUAACACUAGGAAAAGAAGAAUUCCAAAAAUUGAAGCAUGAUCUUGAACUGGUACUCUCUACUAUUCAGGCAAAGAAUGAAAAGUUGAAGGAAGAUUUGGAAAGGGAGCAACAAUGGUUACAUGAACAGCAACAGAUAAUGGAAUCACUUAAUCUAUUACACAAUGAAUUGACACAGCAGGUUGUAUCAUUUUCUGAAUCAAGCGCUAUUGAGAAGCUGAAGGCUAAACUUCGUUAUGUAAAAGAAUAUAAGAAGAAACUCUUGAUUUCCUUGGGUGAAUUUCUAGAAGACCAUUUUCCUCUGCCUGAGCGAAAUGUUAAAAAGAAAAAGAGAAACAUACAAGAAUCAGAUGCACAACUUAUAACAUUGCAUGAAAUGCUAGAGAUUCUUAUAAAUAGAUUAUUUGAUGUUCCACAUGAUCCAUAUGUCAAAAUCACUGAUUCAUUUUGGCCACCUUACAUUGAGCUGCUUCUACGAAAUGGAAUUGCCUUGAGAUGUCCAGAAGACCCAUCCCAAAUAAGAUUAGAAGCCUUCCAUCAGUAAAAGUCUCUUUGUCUUUCAAGGAUAAUGAAAAUAUUAGGAUUACUUGGAUAAAGAACAGUAUUUGCAAAUCAAAACACAUCCUUUAUCCUUCAAAUGAUACAUGCUGCCUGCUGUUUCUCCUUAAAAAUAUUCUUUUCUCAUUCAGUUAAUUCCAUAGUGUUCUUAAACUGUGUGGACAAGAAUGCACCUUAAAGUAUUUCAGAUUUAAUGAUUACAAAAAAUUUAAUGUGUAUUCUGUAAAAUUAUUUGCAAGAGUGCCAGAGAGAUAAUACAAAAGGGAUAAGGCCAGUUGUAGUCCCUGAGCAUUGCCAAAUGUGGCCCCAAAAUUUAAAUAAUAUUUCUGGACAGUUUCUUUAUGUUUUUUGUUCCAUUUGAUACUUCAUGUUUAGGAAAUAUAAUGUAGGCUACUGUAUUUCAGAUGCCUUUAAAGUUGAUGAAUGGUAUGAAAUGUAGCAUUAUUUUUAUGCAUUAAAUUUUUAUGCAGUCUUAUUUAUAUUUGAUAAAUGUUGAACCAUAAAAAGGGUAAAGGUAGCAUGGGAACUGUAUUUUAAUGUUUAUUAUGUAACAAGUGAUAUUUUCUGUUUAAUUACUUUGAUUCUAUUACUAAUAAUUGUGUUAAUAAAAUUUUGUUAAUCCCUAUGACCUCUGUAAAUAAAAUAUCUCUCAAGUAAUCUUAACUUGUGAUGUAGACAAUAUUUUAAUAUAGUCAAUAGAUUUUUUCAAACAUAGUUAAAGAUACUAUAGGAUUGAUACUUACUCAGUAUCCAUCAAAUUGAAUUAGAAAAUUCCAAACCAAUUAUUUUUAUUGCUUUUCUAGUGUGUAUUUCUGUCAUUAAAAAUGGUUUCUUGGGCAGAGAGAUAGUACAGAGGGUAGGGUAUACUUGCUUGUAUGCAGCUGAUCCGAGUUCGAUUCCUGGCAUUCCAUAUGGUCCCCUGAGCCCACUAGGAGUGAGUCCUGAGUACAUAGCCAGGAGUAAAGCUGAGUACUGAGUACUGUUGGAUAUGGUCCAAGCCCUUCCCCACCUCCCUCUCCAAAAGCAUUCUGUAUACCAUUAAAGUUUCUUACAUUAAAUACUUCAUAUUCUUUCUUAUUUUAAAAAUUCUUCUUUUCGAUGCUGAUGCUGACUGAUGUUGUGUGUGUUCGAUUGUGAUGGUAGCCUGUGUCAGUAUAUCUUGCUGCUGUGCUCACACUGUCAGCUGUGGUACUCCUAGGGAUUAGGCUUAGUGCUUUCAGAGGGGUUGCUGUGAUGCUCUGCUUACAGGGGUUGCACUCUAGGCCUCAGUGCUGGCACAUCUUCACGGCUUACACUGUAGCUGUGUUCACACACAGCUGACUAUGUGCCAGAGACUGUACCUUCUGUUGCAGUAGGGUGAUCCAAGUUAGUAGAGGGGCUGGACCCAGAGGAUUGAACAAAUGCCUUCAUACUUGAAGGCAGAUGCUUUCAGUCAGUGAAUCAGUCUGUAGACCUGUAGACCCUAACGUCAUCUUUCCUCCCCCUACCCCCUUAGUUUUGGGGUCACAUCUAGAGGUCUUUAGAGCUUACUCCAGGCUUUAUGCUCUGCUCUGAGAUCACUCCUGGCU